AUGACAACCUUCGCACUGGUGGCACUUCCGAUUGUCGUCCUCAUCCUUGCCGUACGACACUAUCAGCACAUUCGAAGAUGGAUCGCAUCAAUUGCCAUACCGUUCCUCUUUCGCAGCAAUGCAUCAUCUCCUCCCACCUCGACCGACGUCAAGCACAUGAUGCCGUGUCCCGCACGACCGAUCCCAGGCCGAGAGCGAUACCGCGUCAUGAUGGACAUUCGCAAACUAGACAAGCACAAUUGGUUGACACUCGACCAAAACUACAAGGAGCAGCAUGCGGUGCGAGAUGUCUUGCUGCGCGACAAACGAGAAGAAGUCAUCCAAUGUCUACCCGAGGCGGCCGCGGCUUGCCAAGAAGCACUGGAGGUGGUGGCGGAAUUCCUGUGCGCGCGAUAUCCGAGUAUGUUUCAGACAUUGGUGGACGGCGACACUGCGUCAAUACGCAAUUGCAUGACGGGAGAACAAUUUGCGGUACGAGGCCCAGCCUCGAGCGGUGACGGAAUUGACGCGCUUGAGGCGGCUGUCCGACUCACGAUGGAGGAUCUCAGCAUUUUGAUGGUCAAUGAAGAGGGUGAAUACUAUCUGGCCGCCAGCGCAAGUCUCUUUCCCACCGGAUGGACCGUCCAGGAACGAAUCGGAUGGACCAUUUCUCGCCUGCAUGGACCUGUGCCAUUGUGGCACCAACAGGUUGCCAAUUCCGUGAGCAAAUUUCUGGCCCGCCUGACCCCCAACUCCCCCAUGGAGCGAUCAAACUACUUUGUCGAAGUCAAACAGUCCGACGAGCGGCUCAUCGAGAUCCUGUAUCGACCACAGGGACUCUGCGAGAAGAGCGACUCACGGGACCCGACCCCCUCGGACAUUCUCAUUCGAAAGGAAAGACAGACCUUUCGCCGGUUGCCACACUCCGAGACCAUCUUGUUCGGCGUGAAGACGUACCUGACGCCGUUGGAUCAGCUGUCCAUGCCGGAGCUGGAAAACCUAGUGAGAGAGAUGAAGACUUGGCCUGACUUUGUGGGCGAGUAUAAAGGGAAACAUGUCUGGGGACACAAGGUGCUGGAAUAUUACCAGGGUCGAGUGCGUGUCGCUCAAGCGACACAGGAGAAGUUGGACGUGUGA